CCUCCCGCCGCCGCCGCCGCCGCAGCCGCACCGAGACACAAAAAGCGGCUGGGGCCGGGCUGGGCUGGGCAGGGCCGGGCAGGGCCGUGCCGGCACCAUGACGGAGACCACCAAGACUCACGUUAUCCUGCUGGCCUGCGGCAGCUUCAAUCCUAUCACCAGGGGCCACAUCCAGAUGUUCGAGCGAGCCCGGGAUUACCUGCACAAGACCGGACGCUUCAUCGUCAUCGGCGGCAUUGUCUCGCCUGUGCAUGACUCCUAUGGGAAGACGGGUCUAGUCUCCAGCCGGCACCGCCUGACCAUGUGCCAACUGGCCGUCCAGUCCUCUGACUGGAUCAGGGUGGAUCCCUGGGAGUGCUACCAGGACACCUGGCAGACCACCUGCAGCGUGCUGGAGCACCACCGUGACCUGAUGAAGAGAGUGACUGGCUGCAUCCUCUCCAACGUCAACACGCCCUCCAUCACCCCCGUGAUCGGCCAGCCCCAGAACGAGUCCUCGCAGACCAUCUACCAGAACAACAACAAUGUCUCCAACAAGCCCACUGCGGCAAAGAUCCUGGGGAAGGUGGGAGAAAGCCUGAGCCGGAUCUGCUGUGUUCGCCCACCCAUGGAGCGCUUCACCUUCGUGGAUGAAAAUGCCAACUUGGGGACAGUGAUGAGAUACGAGGAGAUUGAGCUUCGCAUCUUACUGCUCUGUGGCAGUGACCUACUGGAGUCCUUCUGCAUCCCUGGUCUCUGGAAUGAGGCAGAUAUGGAGGUGAUCGUUGGGGAAUUUGGGAUUGUGGUGGUUCCCCGAGAUGGAGCAGACCCUGAGCGGAUCAUGAACCACUCCUCCAUACUUCGCAAGUACAAAAACAACAUCCUGGUGGUGAAGGACGACUCGAACCACCCCAUGUCGGUUGUCAGCUCCACCAAAAGCAGACUGGCUCUGCAGCAUGGGGAUGGACAUGUUGUGGAUUACCUCUGCCAGCCCGUCAUUGACUACAUCCUCAAGAGCCAGCUCUACAUCAACGCCUCUGGCUAAGUGCUGGAGGUCCUGCAGCAAGACAGCCCUCGUGUCCCACCUGCCUACAGCUCUCCAUCACUCUUUUCUCUCUCUCAGUCCAUGUCUCCAUCUCUCUCUCCACCCCAUGGCCUCCUGCCCGUGUUUUCCUCUUACCCCCAGCGCCAACGCUCCAUCAUGCAGCAAUGUCCAGGGAACCACGGCACGGCCCCGAGGGGAAUGGUUUGGUCUCUUCUUUGGGAGGAACCACUCUCCCCAUCGUAUGCUGGGAGGGUGGUGGGACCAGCAGAAAAGUGAUGUGCUCAGUGCACUUGACGGGAGGCAGCUCCAGCACUCCCCUCCCAGCAUGUCACUGGGCUAUAGCCCACCCUGAUCUGUCCUCCCAGCAUGCUCAGUGCAGGGCCCUCCUCUUCUGCAUCAUCUUGUGGUACUUAAGCUCAAUAAGUCUAGGUGGACUUUUUUUUUUUUCCUGGAAUAGGUUUAGUGUGAGCCCUUUGGACCUCUCAACUUGAUGACCAAACAAGUCCUGGUUGGCAGCAGGCAGUUGUUACCCAGCUGACUUGGUGCCCCAUGUCAGGUGAACCUCCUCAAGCCAUCAGUAGGACAACCUAGAGAGCAAAAUCCCCUCCUGGCCCUGAAAAAUGAUAGAGAAGGCAUUUCUGAAGGGGAGCAGAGGCCUUGGCAGGCAUUGCUGCCAACACAUUACUACAGGGGGUGUUAUGUCUAACCUUUCCUUGGCUGAAAGUGAACCCAACUCACCCCAAGCACCCUCUAGGCAAGCAGAGUUGGGGUGGUGCUCUACUCUGACCCAGCAUUGGAGGGAGAAACCCAUAGCACCUAGAAAGGGACCUGACACUCAUGAAGCCAAGAAAAGAAGGAGGAAGAAGCAGGUGGUAACCCAAAGCCUCUGGGUGAGAAUUUACCCCAAGCCUGGCUGUGCUUUAUGGGGGCUGGGUCCCUCCCUUUCCUCUAGCCUCCAGACCUCCAUCUCUAUCUGUAAACUUCCCAUUUCUCCCUCAACUCCUUGAAGAGUCCAUCUGAUGCAUGAUACUUCCCCCCUCCAAAACCAGAUGUGGCUGCAUUGUACAUCCCUGGGAACAUGCCAGGCUCCUGCUCUCCUGCCUGUGACGUGCCCCAGAUGCUGGUGAUGAAGUCUAGUGGAGAUGCUCACUUUAUAAAAGCAGGGCAGCUACCAUGGAGCUGAAAAGAAAAAAAAAGUAUUCAGGUCUUGUGAAGAGGAGGGGUGCUGAAGCUCCUGCUGAGCUUCCCCAGAUGGCAAGGACCCUGCACAGCCCCUGGAAAGGUCACCACCAUGAGAAGGAAGGUACAGUCCUGCUUUACUCCUUGCCUUCUCCUCUCCUUAACCUCGUAGUGCUUUGGCUAGAGCCCUGCUGGCUGUAGCUCCUGGGCAUGUGCUCACUUCUCACAAGUUUGGAUAACUAGACUCAGACUAGCUCACACCAUCAUCCCCACUCCCAUUGCCCAUGCUGGCUUUGUUGCUUUCCUAGCGUGGUGCUGAUCCCCAGAAAGGGACAGUGUUGAGCUGAGACACCUGAAGGCUGGGAGUCCUCCUUGGGUGUUUCAAGGAAAGAUUUGAAAUUACCUUUUUUUUCCCCCUUAAACACCUCUGAAGGGUCACAAGCUGCUCUCAUGGAAGCUCCAAAGAUAAGACAUUGUGCUAAAUCUGGUGACCAGCUGGAUGCUGGCAUCUCUGUAGCAGCAGGCAGCUUUGGACAAAAUAAGGUGGCCUGCAGUCACAGGUAGCAGGCAGGGUUCAGUCACGGGUAGCAGGCAGGGUUUUAUGAGCAGUUAGCUAACAACUUCACAAUAAGGGCACAGCCUUUCCCAGAACACAAAACAAGAGACAGAAUCGAUGUGACUUGCCCAAAGGCCAGAAGAGGUCUUUCCUUGCCAAGGAUUGUUUGGGAACUCCAGCUGAAUCCCUCAGUGCCAGCUCUGGUAGCUCCAGGUGGUUGGUAUCCCAUGGGAUGAAGAGAUACAGAGACAGGAAAGCAGAGAGUGGUGAGAGCAUGUGGGGCUCAGAGUGCAGGAAUGCCUCUUCUCCAGGGAGGUCUUAAGCUAGUUUGAGCUGUUUGCCAAUACCCUACUGAGUUCCCUUAGCUAAUGCACUGGGCAGGUGCCUGUGGUGGGACAUCUCAUCUGUAAGAUACCCAAGGUACAUAAGCCAGUAGCUAGACUCCUCUCCACCCAUUAUUUUCAUGCAUUCAUUUUUUCAGCCUCUCCUUCCUCUCCACCUGAACACAGAAGUUGUUUCAGACAGCAGCCUCCUCUCCUUGCUGGCCAUCACCCAUGUUUCUUAGCUCCAUGCUGGAGGAGAAAAAGCAAUGUUAGGAACCAGUCUCCAAAACACACAGAAACACAGAGAGGGAGUUUAAACUGCUGGGGGAGUGAUGCCUCUGUGAAGGAGGAGGAAGGGCAGUGGCCUUAGCUGAGGAAAAGACACAGGGAAAUAAAACAAAGGAGAUGGAGAAGGCAGACAAGUGGUGCGUCCAAAAGCCACCUCAGACCCUCACUCCUUCAGGUAACAUGAGAUGGGACACAGGGGAAGCCAGCUGGCUUCCUAUUCCACCCUCAUCAUGGCUAGGACAGCAUGCCUUAGAGACGUUAUUGUGGUACAGAUGAUGAGUACGUUCUGCCUUGCCUGCACCUUGGUGUAUCUGCUGAGUAACACUCCCAGUGUUGAGGGGUAAGAUAGGGAGGUGUAGGAGGUUGUUCCACUCUGGGACUGCUUUGGAAAAUGUCUUUGGGUGGACAUGGCUAAAAAACCCAAUAAAUCAUCCCUGAAGAUCCACGUGACCGCCGGGGAAGGUGAGGACUGGGGUUUGCAGGGUGCAGGGGAGGGCGGGGAAGAAGCUCAUGGGUUUUGAUCUUUGAACCUCCACUUUUAAAUGGUGCAGUUUGCUGAAAAAGACAUGAACUUCCAACACCUUUGGGGAGAAAAAUAAAAUAAAAGGGGGGGUGGUGGGGAGGGAAAGGGGUUGAAGAUACCAUGCCACCAGUUUCACCUUUGUCAGAAGUUUUGGAGCCUAACUUUGUUUGUUGGGGUUUUUAUUUUGUUUUGUUUUCUUCUGCUGCUAUAUGAAGAAAAAUGGUCAUUGACAAGAAAGAAAAAA